CAAACAGGUGACGCAUUUAUCAAUUUCGUUUAUGUCAAAAGUACAGACAAAGAGUGUGUUAUUUUAUAUUUAAAACUAAUUUUAUUAAAUUUCUGUGCAAAAUGUCGUCAAAGAAAAAGGUUUUAUUGAAGGUAAUCAUACUCGGUGAUAGUGGCGUGGGUAAAACAUCACUCAUGAAUCAAUUUGUCAACAAGAAAUUUUCCAACCAGUACAAGGCAACAAUAGGCGCAGAUUUUCUCACAAAAGAAGUGAUCGUCGACGAUAGAAUCGUUACGAUGCAAAUUUGGGAUACUGCUGGCCAGGAGCGGUUCCAGUCGUUGGGAGUGGCGUUUUAUCGCGGGGCGGAUUGUUGCGUCUUAGUGUUUGACGUAACUGCCCCUAACACGUUCAAGUCCUUGGAGAGUUGGAAAGACGAGUUUCUGAUACAGGCAUCACCAAGAGACCCAGAGAACUUCCCUUUUGUUAUAUUAGGCAAUAAGGUCGAUUUAGAAAAUCGUGCCGUAUCUGCCAAACGUGCCCAGCAGUGGUGCCAGAGUAAGAAUGACAUCCCUUAUUUUGAAACAAGUGCCAAAGAAGCUGUGAAUGUAGAACUAGCAUUCCAAACCAUAGCCCGUAAUGUCCUCGCCCAGGAAACAGAUGCAGAGCUUUACAAUGAAUUCCCAGAUCAACUCAAGUUAACAGCCAACGAUAAUGGACGUAACAGGGAUGGAGAUAAUUGUGCUUGCUAGGCCUCAGUAAAUAAUAAACUCCAGCACUGGCAAUAUAUUAGUUUCUCAUUUAUUAAUUUUAAAAUUAUAGUUACAAUUAUUAUAAACUAUAAAAGUAUUGUGUAAGUAAUGGUUUCUUUUGUAUUGAUAUCAUGUAAAAAUGUAUAGAAUUGAUAGAAACACGUUUGGGAUCUUUGUUUUUUUGCACAACAACUAAUAACUUGUAAAUGCCUGCACUUUGUGAAAAGUACAAGAGUUUUAAAAUAAAAAAAAAAAUACCAUUAAUUUUAUAUAUUGGGUAAAAUUAAAAUCAUUAGCGUCCUUUUAUGUGAAUUCUCUAUUGAUGAAACUGAACAUUCUUUCUAAAGAAACAUGUUGAAAAAUCACAAAAACUAAGUCUCCUAUACUAAAGUGGUGCAUCCAUUGUAAAAUUAUUAUGGUAAUUAUUUAAGUAGUAAUUUGAAACUAAUGGUUUCACUUGAUAUUUAUACAUUUCUUAGUUAUUUUAUAUUUAUUCAUCUUAUAUAAAUAAACUUUAUUUCAUUCACUUUACUAUUAAUGAAAAAAAGCAUGAGUUUUGUUACUUUUGUAUACUAAAGAAAGUUAACAGUGUUCAUACCUAAGUCUGUACUAUUUGUAAAUUUUCAAAAAUAUUAAAUAUUUUGACUACUUUUAAAGUGCUCUUAUGGUGAACUGAAACAUUAUUGUCCUAUAUUACAAGUUGCAUGACUACAAUGAUUUUUCAACUGCUUUAUAUUUUGUUUACCAUCAAAAGCUAAAAUUUCAGUGAUAGUUUUAUAAUAGUCAUCCAAGAUUAAUGUUUUAGUUUGCUAUAAGAGCACUUUUCUAAUAAAUAUUCUAAAAUAUCAAUUUUGAAUAUUGGAAAAUAUAAUGCAGAUAUUGGCAGAUAUUGGUAUGAAUUCCAAAAAUUGAGUGUAAAAAUCUAUGUUUUUUUUUUCAAAUAACUAUUCCUGUAUUUCAUAUGAAAGGGGUUAAUAAUUGUAUUCUUUAUAAAAUUAAAUUACUUUUAAUUUGGGUUGCAUGAUCGGCAUUUUAACAAUAAUUGUAAUGGUUAUUUUGGUAUACUUUGUAUAGAGAUUAAUAUAUUAUUAUUACAAUGCUAUAUAUAUUACAUUAUAUUGAAUUACCUACCAUUAUUUGAACAAAUAUUGUUAAAGUCUAUGAUAAUUAUCUUUAUAAAAAUUAUAUAUUACCACCUAAUUUUGGUUUCUAUUAAAUAUGUAUAAGACAAAGGUUUUUCAUGGCUCAGUUCCAUCAAAUAUGAUGUAAUAUGGUUAUUUGAUGUCAUAUAUCUCACAGUCUGUCCAUUAAGUAUUUAAUUUUUCAUUAGUCAUACGUAUGAUUAGUAAAACUGACAGUGUUAUCUAUUAUAUACUCAGCCCCUUUAAAAUUAUAUAUUAAAUGAUUGGAUUGUCAGCUCUGUAUGCAGACUUGUAGAGUGCUAUAAGAAAUUCAGAUUGCAGGCUUUAUCACAAAUUGUAUUUUAGUUCAACAUCACAUACACAAAAGUUUUUCUUAUUAUUAUUUUUCUUACAUCAAUAUUUUAUUCUGAUCAUAAAUAAAUAUGUAAUAUAAUCGAAGGUAAUUAUAUUUUUUUCACUAUGUGAUUUUUGUGAUUGAUUUAUGUGAAGAGCUUUAUUCUCUUAAUUUUGUAGUAACAAAAUUAUGGGAACAGGUAAUUUUUAUAUGUAAUGCAACAUCUGAAUAUAAUUAUCAUUAAAGUUUUUGUAUAUAUUUGAAUUUUAAAAUGUUAGUUGUAAGUAGUUAAUGAUAACAGUAUGUUAUAUUGAUAACUAGCAUUUUAUUUAUAACACUAAUAGUGUUGUAAGAAUAAAAAUGCAACUACAUAUUUAUGGUACCUAUAUGUUAUAGUAUGUCACGAACACACAGGAGGUCAAACAAAUUACGACAGCUUUAGUGAUGCCUAAUGCAAAAUCAGCUUUUUAAGUGUUUAGAUAUUUAAAAUUAAAAUGCGUAAUACUGAAAUUAUGUUAUUCUCGUUUCCGUUAUAUGUCAUUCAAUUUUAUAUUUGAUUACAUAUAAAUAUUUUUAUAUACAAUUUCAGUUUAGAAAGUUUACAUUAUUGAAUUGACCGACCUUGCCUUUUAGUUUAAUUAAUUUAACAACAUUUGUAUUUUGUCAUAUAAUAUAUACACUAUAUUACAUGCCUUUCAUUAAAUUGAAAAUUUUAUUGUAUUACUUAUUAAAAGUUCCGAGACCUAGUAAUAAUAAUAGGUAAUAAAAUAUGAUGUACGCUGUAAUAAUGGUCGCUUUUAAUUUUGUAUCAAUAAUAAAUAAAAAUAAUCAAAA